AUGGCGACUGAGGCGCUGCGCUCGCAAGUCGGCAAGAAAUGGCAGGACUCAUUUGCUCGUCUCAACCAUGGGGAGCCUGGUAUAUCGGGCCUUAUGACAUUCAGCCAGGCGAGUGCGUGGGUUCUUUUGACAGAUUUUGUGCGUCCAAGGGACCUCAAUGAUCCAGCACCUCCCAACGAAUACAACAUGGAGCUCGUCAAGUACGCGUUUGAUCUUGUCAGCCAAUGUCGCAGGCUGCCUGCCAUGCUAGAGGCCUAUUUGGACGACGUGCGCCAAUACUUCUACCUGAUAAAGCGGGACGUUGACCAGUAUAUGGAACAAUAUGAGACUUCUCUUGAUCCUGAAAUCAUUUCCCGCCUUGUCUAUCGUCUGUUCAAAUGGUUCAAUGCUUGGCUACCAAUCUCAGACCUGGGUCAAACUAUUCGCGCGGCAUACACGCUCGACUUUCAGACUCAGCUAUUUGCCAUCCUCCCACCUAGCUUCGUUUCCGGCUUCAAAGCAUAUUGCGCCUCCACUCUGCCGCCCUUUGAUCCAGACGUCACCCAAAGGACGCUCAGUGGCGAAAUAUGGGACAUAUUUGAAAUCCUUGGCCUGCUUGAUCGAUAUGAGAGCGUUAUCGCUAGCGUAGGGUACGAACAUAUAGAAACAUACGUGCUUUCUACCUGCACCGGAAAGUGGGAAGCAGCGAUGUUGCCAGAACUUCGGAAUUGGAUGUCCCACAAAAUCGUGCCUUGGAUGUUGAUGAUGUAUGCUAGGGGAGCAGCUACAAAUGAUGACGCGGUGGCAAUGUUAGCCAGUGUUGGAUCGAGAUUUGACUUUCAUAUGACCAAAACACUCUGUGAUUUGAGAACACGAGAGAUUUUUGAUAUCAUCAUAGAUUUCCCCGAAUCGGCACCUGCUUUGGAGGAUCUCAAAGAAUGUUUGCAACGAGUGGACCAACGAGCAGCACUAGUGAAAUCUUUGCGAAAAGCGAAUCACAAGAGACUACUUCAUCCGGGCGCAGAUACAAAACUUAUCCUUUCACAAUACGUGGCUACCAUCAAGUGCAUGCGGAUCAUUGACCCUCCCGGUGUUCUCUUGUUCAAGGUCGCAGAUCCUAUACGACGGUACCUUAGGGAUCGACCAGAUACAAUUCGAAGUAUAGUGGCAAAUCUCGUGGGAGACGAAGACACUGGCGACUCACUUGUCGAUGACAACGAACCUCCCCAGCCACUGCAUCAGAUCGAAAUUGAAGACUACAGCGAUCCAAACUGGGAACCAGAACCUAUCGAUGCAGGACCAAAUUUCCGAGCGAACAAGCACACUGAUGUUCUCGGCACGUUGGUCAGCAUCUACGAUUCAAACGACCUUUUCAUCAAGGAGCUCCAAAUUUUACUUGCUCAACGUCUCCUUGCCAUUACGGACGGUAAUACUGAGAAGGUCGAAAGAGAGAGACGGAACAUCGAAAUCCUAAAGAUCCGCUUUGGCGAAUCCGCACUGCAAGUUUGUGAAGUCAUGCUGAAAGACAUGACGGAUUCAAAGCGAAUAGACGGGCAUGUGCAAUCACAGAUGGCAUCCAUCGUACAUCCAACUAUUAUUUCCAAACAUUUCUGGCCCAUGUUGGGCUCCGACGAGAUCAUCAUGCCCGGACAAUUCCAAACCUUUCAGGAGCAGUAUGCAAAAGAAUUUUCUACCUUCAAACCUGACAAAAGACUACGUUGGCUACCGCAUCUCGGUGCUGUGCACCUUGAGCUUUUGUUGGAGGACCGGACUUUGGAAGUCGACGUUCCUCCGCUCGAAGCUGCCUUUAUUGAGCUUUUCUCAGAAAAGAAUGUUUGGUCUAUCGAUGAACUGAUGACUCGCGUCGGACCUAUUAGCAAGGGCGCAGCCCUGAAGGCGCUCCUCACAUGGGUCGAUAAAGGUGUUCUGAAAGAGGAAGGUGAUGGUUCGUUCAAGCUGCUUGAAGUCGCCGAGACAGUCAAGCCUGUGGAUCCCGCCCCUAUCGUAGAGGAGCAGAAACCUACUGUGUUUCCCGCACAGCAACAUCAGGCCGAACAGAUGAGAGUUUACUGGAAGUUCAUUGAAGGUAUGCUCACGAAUCUCACCGCUCUUCCUCUCGAGCGUAUACAGGCAAUGCUUCACUUUGCGCCUGGAUACGACCAAACCAUUGAACAACUUUCGGCGUUCAUGGAUGCUGCGCGACGAGAGAAGUUAGUGGAUGUGCGGGAAGGGUUGUGGAGGCUGACAACUAAGGCAUAG